AUUCACUCUGUACAUUGCCUUGGAGCUACAAACUCCUCCAUUUUCAUUCUUUCUCUUCCUUCUCCUCCUACCCUUUUAAUUCUACAAGUACAUUUGUUAUAACGAUCAGAAAUGAAAUAGAUAAGUAGAAUAAAAAAAUACAAAAAGACACUCCCCUUCCUUUUCCUUUUUUUCCCAUUCAAUUCAUCCAGUAUCACUCAGUCCCCACCUCCUGUAAGUCCAGCCUCCGUCUCUCCACCAGAAGCUUUUUACAUUCUUUCCAUCUCCCUGCUGCUUUUCUAGCCUGGUGCCUACAAACUGAUCAGUAAAAGGAUCUCUCACUCUGCCUUUCCGUGUUUUCCUCUCUUUGCCACUCGUCCCCCAAAUGCCUGCAAGCUUAAACAGGAUCCGGAUUUCUCUUGCCGAGCAUGAGAAAAGCUGCUAGAUCGCCAAUAUCUCCAAUCUGGUAUUUGCACGAAGUCGAUCAUCAUGAGAACUAUUGGACGCAGUGGUUCUAUCAGAAGUUUAUGCCCAACCGAAUAAAACCCAGGGGUAAUCACACCUCAUUUAGAGAGGAACAUUAACCUCAGGACUCCACAGAAUGGAGCAAGAAUGAAUGGACAGUGGCUGAAAGAAAAGCAUGAACUGGAGGUUUAUUGAGUUCAUCUAUUUCCUGUUUAUAUGGGACCACAUUACAAUACAUCCUUCCCACCAGGAACAAGCCACCAGCGAGCAUCAUGUCUCCAAACAGUUUGAUUGGCUUAUCUCUGAUCGGGGGCCCUUCCACAACUCACGGGGGUAUUUAUCCUUUGUGGAAAGACAUCGUCAAGGAUUUACAACCAGAUAUAAAAUAUAUAGAGAGUUUGCCCAUUGGAAGGUGAGGAACACUGCUAUUGAAAGGAGAGAUUUGUCCCCCACUAGUCUCCCUUUAAUGCCAGAGUUCCAGCGGAGUAUUCGUUUACUUGGGCGGAGACCCACUACGCAGCAGUUCAUUGACACUGUCAUAAAGAAAUACGGGACACAUAUUCUUGUAUCAGCAACAUUAGGAGGUGAAGAGGCACUUACUAUGUACAUGGACAAAUCAAAAUUAGACAGAAAAUCUGGAAAUAUCUCCCAAAGUGUUGAAUCUCUCCAUCAACUUGCAUCAUCAUACUUCAUUGACAGGGAUGCAACAAUGAGGCGUCUUCAUGAAAUACAGAUCUCAACAGGAGCCAUUAAGGUCACUGAGACAAGGACAGGUCCACUGGGUUGCAUUAGCUAUGACAAUUUGGACUCCGUAAGCUCUGUCUUGUUGAAAAGCCCAGAGAGCAAACUACAUUUACAAGGUCUGCAAGUUGUGUUUCCAGAAUAUCUGAAAGAAAAGUUUGUUCAGUCAGCAUUAAGUUAUAUCAUGUGCAAUGGGGAAGGAGAAUAUAUUUGUAAAAAUAGCCAAUGCGCUUGUCAGUGUGCUGAAGAAUUCCCACAAUGCAACUGUCCCAUCACCGAUAUUCAAAUUAUGGAAUAUACAUUAGCAAAUAUGGCCAAGUCCUGGGCAGAAGCCUACAAAGACUUGGAAAAUUCAGAUGAAUUUAAAUCGUUCAUGAAAAGGUUACCUUCCACGCACUUUUUAACUAUUGGAAAUAUUCACCAGCACUGGGGCAAUGACUGGGACUUGCAAAUGCGAUACAAGUUGCUGCAAAGUUCAAUGGAGGCUCGACGGCAAAAAAUCCAACGCUUGGCUCGCAAACUUUUUAGUCUUAGCAUACGGUGCCACCAUAAUCCUAACCACCAGAUGCCUAGAGAAAGAACGAUUCAACAGUGGUUAAGUCGAGUACAGUCUCUUUUGUACUGCAAUGAAAAUGGUUUCUGGGGUACAUUCACAGAGAGCCAGAGAAAUUGCGUCUGUCAUGGAGGUACGAGCUUGUGCCAAAGACCCAUUCCAUGCAUUAUCGGUGGCAACAAUAGCUGUGCUAUGUGCAGUAUGGCCAACAUCUCUUUAUGUGGAUCUUGUAACAAGGGCUACAGGCUUUACAGAGGACGCUGCGAACCCCAGAAUGUGGAUUCAGAGCGUAGUGAACAGUUUGUAAGUUUUGAAACGGAUUUGGACUUUCAGGAUUUGGAGCUGAAGUAUCUUCUCCAAAAGAUGGACUCAAGAUUAUACGUUCACACUACUUUCAUAAGUAAUGAAAUCCGUUUGGAUACAUUUUUUGAUCCUCGAUGGCGUAAACGUAUGUCUCUCACAUUAAAGAGCAACAAAAAUCGAAUGGAUUACAUUCACAUGAUGAUAGGCAUUUCCAUGAAAAUUUGCCAGAUGAGGAACAGCAGUAUAGACCCAAUGUUUUUUGUUUAUGUUAAUCCUUUUAGUGGCAGCCACUCCGAAGGAUGGAACAUGCCAUUUGGCCAGUAUGGUUACCCCCGUUUAGAGAAGAACAGACUCCAAAACACACAGUGCUAUAACUGGACCCUUUUACUUGGAAACCGAUGGAAGACCUUCUUUGAGACAGUGCACAUCUAUCUUCGCAGUCGUUCCAAGUUAUCUUCAUUGAGAAAUGACACAGGUCUAGGCCCUGUGGACUUAUCUGAUCCUGCUAAGAGACAGCUAUAUAUUAAGAUUUCAGAUGUGCAAGUGUAUGGCUACAGUUUGCGUUUUAAUUCGGACCUUCUGCGGAGUGCAGUGCAACAGGUCAAUCAGUCAUACUCUCAGGGGACACAAUUUUACUCUUCUUCAUCAAUCAUGUUAUUGUUACUGGAUAUCAGGGACCGAAUCAAUCGGCUGGCUCCUCCUGUGGCUCCUGGAAAGCCUCAAUUAGACCUCUUUUCCUGUAUGCUGAAGCACCGUCUGAAAUUAAAUAACAGUGAGACCAUUAGAAUUAAUCAUGCUUUGGACAUGUACAAUACAGAGAUUCUUAAACAGUCUGACCAGCUAACUGCAAAACUCUGUUGAAAAUGAAAUAAUUUUUUGCUGUAAAUUUGAAUUUGUAAAUGUAAUUAAUAUACAAAGAAAUCUCUAUUUGGUGGAAACUAAACCAUUUAACAGACUGUAAAAUAUUUGUGCAAGCAUGUUUGUUAUUUCCUUAAUCAGUUAUAAAAUGAACAGAACUUACUUAUGAGGCCUUCAAUGACUUGAAGAAAGGGGGGAGGUCAGGGAGUAUUACGUCUAACACUGCCAGUCAGUUGUAAGUUGACUUACUACAGUUGCUGUAACACAGUAUUGGCUGGAUCUAAUUCAGCAAAAAAAUUUCUUAGAUAAAUUGUCAUUUAAGUGAGCCAUCCAUCCAGGCUGUAUCAAUUAAGUCCCUUUCUCAGUAAUAAAAAAAGAAAAAUUAAAAAAAAAUUAAAGAUUUUUAACACAA